GACGCUUUAUAUAUCCCUGUUGCCGGAGAAAUGGAACGUAUGUUGCCGCCAUUUCCUCCGCUCAUUUCAAACACAAGUUCGGCGACUGUGGAAGGAGACAGUGAGCGGCUCAGCGCUCAAGCUACACCGCAGACCGAUCAAGCUCCACCUCAGGAAAGUGAACAUCAGAUUUUCACCGCGUUAGCAGUUUAUCGUGCGAUUUGCUCGGGAGAUCCUGCAGCUCAGGAAGCUCAAUGUGCGUAUCUGUUGGCUUACUACCAGGUACAUAUAGCAAAACAGAAUCAUUCAAUCAAGUUUAAGAUGAGGUGCAACGCGUGUUGGCAAGAGUUGGAAGGGAGUGCUGUCGUGACUACUUGUGGUCACCUCCUCUGUACUGAGGAUGCCAGCAAGAUACUUAGCAACGAUGGGGGAUGCCCAGUCUGUGAUCAAGUCCUUCCUAAGAGCCAAAUGAAACCUGUGGACAUAAAUCCAAAUGACGAAUGGGUAAAUAUGGUCACGAAUGGGCUAUCUCCACAGAUAUUGAUGAAGAGCACAUUCAAGAGUGUGAUGUUCUAUAUUGGACAGAAGGAAUUAGAGAUGCAGUUCAAGCUGAGCAGACUAGCAGCACAGUAUCGACAGAAAUUUGAGGCCACGCAGGAGAAGUUCAACGAGAAACUAGAGCAGGUCUAUGCUGCAUAUCAGAAAGCGGCAAAACGAUGCCAGAUGAUGGAACAGGAGAACGAGAGGCUGAGGAAGGAUAGAGAAGAGCUUCAAAGGGAUAAAGCAGAGCUCCAAGAAAAGUUCUCCGAGCAAUCAAGGCAAAAGAGGAAACUCGAAGAUAUGUACGAUCAACUGAAAAGAGAGUACGAGUCGGUGAAAAGAUCAGCCAUUCAACCGGCAAGCAACUUCUAUGCAAGAAACGAUGCUGAUAUCUUCUCAAACCCUGCAGCUACAAUGAUGGAUACCAGAGAACCGCUGCGAAAUGAUUGGUCGGAUAUAACUCCUCGAACUCCAGGACCCAGAGAGGACGUAUGGUUCCCGAGACAGAACCCUGGAACUUCUGGUUUUGGUAUCUCCGGCGGCAGCCGUCCCCGCAGCGCCUCACCAGCCAACACAGCAGCCAAACUCGACCUUGGAAACCGAAGUGUUGCCGGCGGUAACGCUGGUUUCGGAGUUGCACCAAGCAACCCGGCGAUGAAACUGAAGAACCUCAUCUUCUCGCCGAUCAAGCGGCCUCAGAUGUCUCGUAACCACUCUAACUUGUUCUCGCCGUAGGCCAGGUGGGAGUGUGAAUGUUUUUGCUGGAAAGCUGAGCUGAAUGAAGUGCCUUCAUAUUCAUGGUAGGUAAGCCUUCGGUUUGUAGCGUGUUGAGGUAGAUAUUAUGACACUUCAGAUAACUAAGCGUCGGAUUACUGUUGUCGUUCGGCUUCACAGGGAGACGAACUUGCAUUGCAUGAUGGUAUGGCUUUACCGGUAGUAGUAUAAGCCAGCGAAUUGGCCAUGUUAGGCAGAGUUGUAGAUUCGCUUGCACAUAAAAUGUAAAGAAGUCGCUUCAAAAUUUAGAACUAUGAUCGUUAAGAAUAUACAGGGCUAAAUAUG